AUGCUGCAUUUCGCGUUGUACCUCCUAUUCUGUUGUUGUUUAAAUGAUGCUUCUUUACCGCUUCAGGCCAGAAGCGGCGGCUUUCCAAAAUUUCCGAUCGAAACUUGCGGCGUCCGAGCGGUACCAUGGGCCCCGGAAAGGUUGGCACGGGUUGUUGGAGGUCAGGUGCCUCCAUACGGUGCGAUUCCUUGGCAGGUGCAGCUAAGACGUGGUGGAGAACACCAGUGCGGGGGUGCGCUUUUAAGUAGUCGAUUGGUUCUGACAGUCGCGCACUGUUGGACUGAUGGGCUGAUUGCGGUAACCGGAUCGUUAUCGAUGCCAGGAAGAUCGUCUGCUGAACAGUCGGUUAGGGUGGAACGUGCCGUACCGCAUCCCGAAUUUCGAAAAUUUGGUCCGUAUAGCAACGAUAUUGCUUUGCUGGUGCUAUCGGAACCCGGAAUACAAAUUGGCCCACUUUCCCGUCCCGCUUGUCUUUCGCUGCGAUCACCUCCACCGGGCACGUGGUGUGAAGUAUCAGGUUGGGGAGCAACAGAUCCUUCGUAUCCAGAUCAAAUUUCCCCAAGCUUACGUGCUGCCGUUGUACCACUACUGUCACUGGAUACGUGUAGAAAGGAUGGUAUUUAUGGAGGACGACAGCAGCCCAUCUUAGAUUCUAUGGUGUGCGCCGGAAGAUUGAAUGGGGGUGUUGACGCUUGUGGAGGAGACUCAGGCGGGCCGCUGGUUUGUGAAAUGAACGGAAGAAUGGAACUUACGGGCCUUGUUUCUUGGGGCGACGGAUGCGCCAAGCGAGAUCGUCCAGGAGUCUACACCCGAAUUUCCAACUAUGUUUCGUGGAUUAAACAAGUGGCCAACCACUACGGGGUUGAUUACCAGUAACUAACUUUUGGAAUUACAGUG